CCUCCCGCUCUCUUUGCAGGGCUGCUGGAGGAGAGCCGCGCUCGCCGCAGCUGGAAACAGCUGCAGGCGCCCUGCGCCCCUGGCCGAAAUCCGGCGAGCUCCCACUUGGCGCCUCUCGGAUUCCAGAACCCGGGCGGCAGGACCCGGGGGAACCGCAGCCGGCUCGAUGCCUUCAGUAGACCUUACCCAGCCCCAGCCCAGACGGACCUCCUAAGCUCCAGAACCGCGGGCCGCAGGGAGUUUAAUUGCUGCCUUCCUCUCCUCUCUCUGGCGGUUGGUGUUUCGUUUCUAAAGGAACGUUUUAUUCACUUUUUAGUAUUUUCCACCGGAGGGUACGCUGCCCGCCUCGGUGAACAGACUCUGCUUUGUAAACGGGUUUUCUAUGUGUGGAUGUGUAGCUAUACUUUGGACACCUGGCUACGCUUGUGCCUCUCCACCCGGGGCACAGCUCGCUGUUUUGGACAUUGUCUUUCCUCUUGCACUUGGUACCUCGAACGCAUUGUGACCAAACUUCCCACCGCCCCCUGGACUCGGAUCGCCUUGGGGUGCAAGUUUGGGGCGCAAACGUCUACUUCGCAGGAGGGCCUGGGACCGCCCCGCCCGCCCCACCAGCGGUGGGGCAAGUUUACAUCUGGAUUCUCACACGUUUCAUUGCCACUGCCCAGACUCUGACUAACCUUGUGGGCUCCGGGUUUUCCGUAUUGCAGCCUCCUCAGAGGUUAUCAGCACUGCCUCUCCGCUCCGGCCCCUUCCCUCCCAGCCGCCGAAGUCCUGCCCUCACCCGGGGGAGCCGGGGGCCUGGGGCCCGCGCUAAGCGAUGGCUGCGGCAAUAGCCAGCUCCCUGAUCCGGCAGAAGCGACAGGCGAGGGAGUCCAACAGCGACCGGGUGUCGGCCUCCAAGCGCCGCUCCAGCCCCAGCAAAGACGGGCGCUCCCUGUGCGAGAGGCAUGUUCUCGGGGUGUUCAGCAAGGUACGCUUCUGCAGCGGCCGCAAGAGGCCGGUGAGGAGGAGACCAGAACCCCAGCUGAAAGGAAUUGUGACAAGGUUAUUCAGCCAGCAGGGAUAUUUCCUGCAGAUGCACCCAGAUGGUACCAUUGAUGGGACCAAGGACGAAAACAGCGACUACACUCUCUUCAAUCUAAUUCCUGUGGGGCUGCGUGUGGUGGCCAUUCAAGGGGUGAAAGCCAGCCUCUACGUGGCCAUGAAUGGUGAAGGCUAUCUCUACAGCUCUGAUGUUUUCACCCCAGAAUGCAAAUUUAAGGAAUCUGUCUUUGAGAACUACUACGUGAUCUAUUCUUCCACGUUGUAUCGCCAGCAAGAGUCAGGCCGAGCGUGGUUUCUAGGACUCAAUAAAGAAGGUCAAAUUAUGAAGGGCAACCGAGUGAAGAAAACCAAGCCUUCCUCACAUUUUGUACCAAAACCUAUUGAAGUGUGUAUGUACAGAGAACCAUCACUACAUGAAAUUGGAGAAAAACAAGGUCGUUCGAGGAAAAGCUCUGGAACUCCAACCAUGAAUGGAGGCAAAGUCGUGAAUCAGGAGUCGACAUAGCUGAGAACUCUUUCCUUCCUCCCUUCAGCAUCCCUCCUCCUUCCCUUCCUCUCCCCCAUUUCCUUCCAAUAAAUCCACCCCAGGAGAGAAAAAUAGAAUGGCAGCGCAGGACCUGGUAGCUGAGAUUCUGCACUCAAAUUUUUCCUUCGUGUAGGAAAAGAAAGUUGAAGCAAAGCUUGCCUGUUGCGAUGUGGUAGAAAAUUAACAUGCACAAAGAUUAGAACAAAUAAAAGCAAAGGAAAAAAAAAUAAAUCGGGACUUCACAAACAGCAACUAAAACUAUAUUGUUGUUACUACAGGGCUAACUAUAAUGAAUGCAUUAAUAUAAUAAAGAUGAAAUAAAGCGAUUAAGAAGGAAAAGGUUGAGAAUUGAACCUAGAGAUUGAUGUUAGCCUGUAGCUUGAACUAUGGAUAAUGCUGUGAUGUGUGGCUUUGUUUGAUUUUGUAUUUCCUUAGGGCAUCUGGAAUUGCUACAAUUACAUCCUGUUUCCAGGAUUUUUUUUUUUAAACCAUGAAACUCAGUAUGUAUGAAUGAUGUUCUUGUAAUGCUUAUACAGUAUGUAGCCAGGAACCAUUUAACAUCAAGAAACUCUUAAAAAAUUACUCUUGAAACUGUUUAGAUUUCUUUUGCAAAGGGAUACUCUUAUGCUGAAUCUAAUGGUGUGCGAUGAUUUAGUUCUUGCACAAAAAGUUUCAGAUUCUCCUAAGAGUUAUCAUUUCUUCCAAAGGUAUAUAUUCCUGCAUAUGAUUUUUUUCAGUCAUUUAGAAAAGAAAUUUUUGUCAUAAUGUUGAGGUAACUUGGGUGCAUUCUAGGUCAUUACUAUGUCCAGGCAGCGAGACAUACAUUACUUGGCCUUAUCAUUGGAGCUUAUUUUCUCCUUUGCAGACUCAUUUGAGAAUACCUUGUGUAUGUCUAGCUGUCUUAGAGAGUUUUGUACCAUAUCUUGGAGCAGGAAGAUAGGUUUUAGGAAGAAAAUAAGUCUGAAGAAAUGCAAAGGAAAGUGGAUUUGCCUUUGUAUUCUGCUGGAGUCUUGUGUACAGAGGAUUUCCAAAUUUUGUAGGAAAUCUGGAGGCAUGGUUGUGAAAUUCCUAACUUAGUAUCUUAUGAAGCCAAUGGCUUUUUGUUGAUAUAUAUCCUCAUAUAUAAGUCUAGUUAGAGAAGGGGCCUAGUGACACAGGAAUUUUUAAGGGCAGGUUGAACCUAUAUAGAAUUAGCAACUAUGACUCCAACAGACAGGGUUGUGUGAGUGGCCUAAAGUAGUGAAAAAGAAUUCAGUGUAGAAACAAGUAAACACACAAUUAGUCAUACCAAGGUAUUAGAAAAUUGCUAGCAAAGAAAUGAGUGUUAUACAGUUACACUGGAAUAAAAAGAUCUACUUAGCCCUACAAAUCAGGAAUGGUAUAGAUAUGUCCAAAUUCAAACAAAAUAAAACAAAACAGAAUGUUUUAAAAUGUAUGCAGAUUUAUGGGUAUUAUUAAUAAGAAGAGUAGCAUGUAACUUCUCCUAUAUCUCUACUUUCCAGCAUGUACUGUUUCAAAUAUAACUACCUACAAUAUAUACACUUUGCAGAUGCUCUAGGCCCUCACAUUAAACCCGGCCAUUGGUUGCUAUAUUCUUUCAAGGUUAGCACAGUUUUCCUUCACUCUACACACUCAUUAUUCGGUAGUGGCUCCUGUCCUUCACCAAGUACAGUUGUCAAGAGGCUAUCAGGAAGAAUGUUACUGGUAGGUUAGUGAAAACAAAACAAAACCAACCAAACAAACAAACAAAAAAACAAAACUAAAACAAAAGCAAAAAAAUGGAGUAAUUUGGCUAAUAAGUUGGUAAGAAUAAACAUUAUGCACACAUCUAGGCAGAGAUUUUGAACACAUAUUUGCAAGAGAUACUUAUUAGAUCUAAAUACCUGCAAAGUUACAAAUAAAUACAUUUAGAUUUUUUU